GUCAACACAGACCCACAGUUCAGUAGUUCAGUUAAAAGCUAGCGCACCAGGAUCGCAAGGAUUAGCAAAAUGUACAAGUUGGUGGUGUUCUUCGCUCUGCUCGCCGUGGUGGCUGCCCGUCCGGGUUACCUGGAAUCUGGUCCUUUGCUGCAUAGCUAUGCCGCCCCGGCCAUCAUCCACGAGCCCGCUCUGGCCAAGGUGGGCGCCAUCAUCAAGACCGUGCCCAGCGCCGUCUCCCACCAGAGCAUCAGCCAGGUGCACAGCUCGGCCCACAUCAUCCAGCCGAUUGUGGCCCCCGUCCUGAAGACCUAUGCCGCCCCCAUCAUCAAGACCUAUGCGGCUCCCGCCCUCCACACGACCCUCCUCUCAUCCCCGUGGGCUGGACACGGUUGGUCUGGCCACGGCUGGGCCCCAUCCUGGUAA